CUUCUCUGCCAGCGGGAGGAGGGAGGGCCAGAGCAGCCUAGGGCCAGGAGAGAUGUGAAGAACUCUAGGUGGUGACCAAGAGAAGGAGCAGAGUGUGCCUUUAGUUCAUAUGAACUAGAGGGAGCUGGUAUUUGCACAGCAGUCAGGGUCACAUGACUGAUCAUGGUACAGUGAGAAGUUCUUCCUCCCAGGGCAAAGUCACAGUUUGUUUCUGUUCAAUCCAGAUUCUUCCAGUAAAAGCUUCAACUUCCCACACUGAAGCUGAGAGCCUCCCAAAGUGCUGGCUACCUGCUGAGCACCACUGUAACUUUGAGACAGUGGUAAUUUGACCCUCUGCAAUUGCUGUCCCCUUCCUGCCAAAGUCCUUUCCGUGCCUGCUGACGCUUGGGUGUGCCUUUGGGCUACUGACUUUCAGCUGGAACUUGAAGGGACCCCCAACCCUGAGACACUAUGGCCCUGACCUCAGAAUUGGGGAAACAGAUAAAAUUGAAAGAAGUGGAGGGGACCCUCCUGCAGCUUGCAACUGUGGACAACUGGAACCAGAUACAGAGCUUCGAGGCCAAACCAGAUGAUCUGCUCAUCUGCACCUACCCUAAAGCAGGAACAACGUGGAUUCAGGAAAUUGUGGAUAUGAUUGAACAGAAUGGGGACGUGGAGAAGUGCCAGCGAGCCAUCAUCCAACAGCGCCAUCCUUUCAUUGAGUGGGCUCGGCCACCCCAACCUUCUGGUGUGGAAAAAGCCAAAGCAAUGCCCUCUCCACGGAUACUAAAGACUCACCUGUCCACUCAGCUGCUGCCACCAUCUUUCUGGGAAAACAACUGCAAGUUCCUUUAUGUAGCUCGAAAUGCCAAAGACUGUAUGGUUUCCUACUACCAUUUCCAAAGGAUGAACCACAAGCUUCCUGACCCUGGUACCUGGGAAGAGUAUUUUGAAACAUUCAUCAAUGGAAAAGUGGUUUGGGGUUCCUGGUUUGACCAUGUGAAAGGAUGGUGGGAGAUGAAGGACAGAUACCAGAUUCUCUUCCUCUUCUAUGAGGACAUAAAGAGGGACCCAAAGCAUGAAAUUCAGAAGGUGAUGAAGUUCAUGGGAAAGAACUUGGAUGAAACAGUGCUAGAUAAAAUUGUCCAGGAGACGUCAUUUGAGAAAAUGAAAGAAAAUCCCAUGACAAAUCGUUCUACAGUUUCCAAAUCCAUCAUGGACCAGUCCAUUUCCCCCUUCAUGAGGAAAGGAACUGUGGGGGAUUGGAAAAACCACUUCACUGUUGCCCAGAACGAGAGGUUUGAUGAAGUCUACAGAAAAAAGAUGGAAGGAACCUCCAUAAACUUCUGCAUGGAACUCUGAGCAAGAUAUAAAUAAAAUUAAAAGGUGGAUGGCAAGAGUGCAAAUACUGUCUUUAAUCCUUCAGUCCCAGCCAGAAGAAUCUCUGAAAGCCUACUGUGAAUGUAUAUGAUGUGUACAAACUAUGUCUGUGAUGAUUAACACUAUGUAACCACUACACUUUUAAAAAAGGAUCAUGUCUAAUGCCCAUUUUCUCAACUAUUCUUUCCAAAGUAAGAAAUAAGAUAGCUUAAUAAACUAAGUAAAA